GGGUCAGAUCCUAGCAUCUCAGCCACAUCUGAAGAUCUGAGUUUGUGGAGUGCAUAAAGACAUUAGAAGUCUUCCUGGUGCUUGAGGCAUGGGUCCUGCUGUCUUGCUGGCCAUCCUGUGCUUGGGAGUGGCUGAAGUUACUCAAUCAUCUGAUCCCAGUUUGGAUUCUGAAUGGCAGGAGUGGAAGAUAAAAUUUAACAAAAACUACAGCAUGGAGGAAGAAGGACAGAAAAGAGCAGUAUGGGAAGAAAACAUGAAAGUGGUCAAACAACAUAAUAUUGAAUAUGAUCAGGGAAAGAAAAACUUCACCAUGGAUGUCAAUGCCUUUGGUGACAUGACUUGUGAGGAAUACAGGAAAAUGCUGACUGAUAUUCCAGUCCCAAAUCUUAGGAAGAAGAAAAGUAUCCACCAACCUAUUGCUGGUUAUCUCCCCAAAUUUGUGGACUGGAGAAAAAGAGGCUAUGUGACUCCUGUGAAGAAUCAGGGCACAUGUAAUUCUUGUUGGGCUUUUUCUGCGGCUGGUGCCAUAGAAGGACAGAUGUUCAGGAAAACAGGCAAACUGGUCCCACUGAGCCCACAAAAUCUAGUGGACUGUUCUAGACUUGAUGGGAAUUUUGGCUGUUCUAUGGGCAGCACAUUCCUUGCUUUAAAGUAUGUGUGGAAAAAUGGAGGUCUAGAGGCUGAGUCAACCUAUCCAUACAAAGGAACGGACGGACACUGCAGGUACCACCCUGAACGUUCUGCUGCUAGAAUCACUAGCUUUUCGUUUGUCUCAAACAGUGAGAAAGACUUAAUGCGCGCUGUAGCAACUAUCGGGCCCAUCUCGGUCGGAAUUGAUGCUAGACAUAAAUCUUUCAGGUUUUAUAGGGAAGGUAUUUAUUAUGAGCCAAAGUGCAGCAGUAAUAUUAUCAACCAUUCUGUUCUGGUAGUUGGCUAUGGCUAUGAAGGAAAAGAGUCAGAUGGCAACAAAUAUUGGCUGAUAAAGAACAGUCAUGGUAAGCAAUGGGGCAUGAAUGGCUACAUGAAGCUUGCCAGAGGCAGGAACAACCACUGUGGAAUUGCUUCAUAUGCUGUCUACCCCAGAGUGUAAACUGCCUGAUGGUAAGAAGGAAGGGUUGGAGUGGAGACAGCCUGUGAAGUGGAGGCACUUUCUAUUUACCAUGACCAGCCUUUGCUGCAUGGAUAGAGCUCAUGAGUUACUGAAGAACAUGAUGUAAUGUGAAUUCUGUUAUGUUUUUAUCCAGUAAGACAUGAUGGAUACUGUAACUUAAUCACUUCACUUAUUUGUAUUUGAUUCCCAUAACUUGAUUUUGUGUUUGUUUAAUGAUUGUAUAAAACAAUAUCUUUAAAGAAUAUUUAAGCUCAAAUGAAGUGUCUGUCUUCUUUUUGUUUUGAAAGUAGUGACUUUUAAAUUGUAUGUAGUUCAUUUCAUUGAAUAUAUGUUUUAGUUAAAAUAUAAUUAUAUUAACCCAUUUAUUUCUUUCCUCCAACAACUUUCCUCCCUACCUCCUCACAUAUUCCCCACCCUCAUCUAGUCUCAAAUUGAUUGUUUUUGUUGUUGUUGUUUUGUUUGUUUGUGUUUGUUUUUGGUUUUGGUUUUUCGAGACAGGGUUUCUCUGUAUAGCCCUGGCUGUCCUGGAACUCACUCUGUAGACCAGGCUGGCCUCAAAUUCAGAAAUCCACCUGCCUCUGCCUCCCAAGUGCUGGGAUUGAAGACAUGCACCACCACCGCCUGGCUAAAUUGAUUGUUUCUUAUUCUCUGGUGAUUUUCAUUAUAUAUACGUAUAUGUGUAUAUUUGUGAAUAUAUAAUGAAACCAGCUGAAGGCUGAAUCAAUUUUUGUUCCUUCUGUGUUCAAGACUUUAGGACUAAUCACAUUGUUUAGGUAGUUGAUCAGGGGUUCACCCCUGGGAAUGCUCAUUCUCCUUCUUUUAGUAUUCAUAACUACUGCAUGUAAGGCUCAGGGAAUAUUGUGGAAGAUAGGGCAGAAUGACUUAGAGACAAAGGAUCAUGAAAUAUACAAGGAGACUGUAUGUCCAAAAAAUUGUUGCUUAAACAAUAUACGUACAAUGACAACAUCAAUAGCCUUAUCAGCUGGGAAUAAGGAACAACUUUAGAGUUCCCACUGCCAGGUAAUGAGCUACAAGAUAUUAAUUUUGUUGUCACAUUAAUAACUCAGUAUGAAGACAUACAUUUGUGUUCUGUUGAUGUUCUUAGAGAAAGAAGGGUGGCUCUUUUGUUAUUGUCAAUUUUCCAUCUUUAGUAAUGUGUGUGUGUUAAAUUAGAUUUUGUGUAUCGACUAUCACUGUGAAUCUCCCUUGCCUUACUUCCAUCCUGUGUAGCAUCUUCAUUGUGAAUGUACUGAAGACAUCGGCACAACUGGAUCUGCAGUUACAGAUUUUUAUUCAAAUGACACUUUCAGAAGUUUUAGUGCCUCAGAGGCAAGAGAACUGAAACAUGCCUUUUUAAUAAAACCUGCUGGAAUCAA